CUCCCCUCUCACCCACCUCCAGUAAGGGACUGUAAAAAAUAACAGUUUUUUCUCUUAUUCUAUUGAUCCCUGGUGGAAUUGCCUUUGGGUAGGGAGGAGGCUAAGGGGUCCGUAAAGUUCAGCCCCUAACCUUUUAUUCUACCAACACUCAUCCUCACUAGUAUGUGGAUAUGUCAGGGCACUGAGGAUGCAGUGAGACUGUAUUUCUGAAUUAUGCACACACCUCUUGUAAGGAUUGGCUUUCCUGGAGCUUCUGUCAUCCCUGGUACCUUAACAGUCCUGGAUGCAUACCCUUCCUCUUGGUUUAUAAUAUAACCCAUCCAUUCUGUAUCCCUCCAACAUUGUAACCCACAUUUAUUUCUUUUUGUGAACCCCACCAGCUGCACAGGAGUUAAAUUAAUGCAUUCCAACAGACUUUAAUCAUGGAUCUUCAGCAUCCAAGCAGACUCAUAACGUUUGGUGUAUGGCUCUUCCUAAUUGGGACAGCUUGCAUAGAAACUGCAGGUUCUGAAGAUGCUGCUAAGACUCUACAUAUACACAGACACCAGUGGGACACGUUGCAAUGCUCACUUGCUCAAUCAGUGGCUCUCCCUUGCCUCUUCCUCCUGCAUUCUUCCCAUCCACCGCAACAACGAAAUGAUACCUCAGAGUCACCUCGUAUUAAGUGGAGUCGGCUACAGCCUGGAAUAGGUCAGAAAGAGGUGCCUGUCUUGGUAGCACGUGAUAAUGUAGUAAAGGUGGCUCGUGGUUAUGAAGGGAGAGUGUCCCUGCCUGGAUAUCCCCACAACCGGUAUAAUGCCACCUUGGUCCUGUCCUCAGCACGUGCCAGUGACUCUGGAGUUUAUCGCUGUGAAGUGAUCUUUGGCAUUGAUGAUGAACAAGAUACAGUGCCACUGGAGGUGACUGGUCUGGUUUUCCAUUACCGGGCAGCUAGUAAUCGUUACGCUUUGACAUUCCCUGAGGCUGUGCGCUCUUGUCAGGAGAACUCUGGUGUCAUAGCAAGCCCCGAGCAGCUGCAAGCUGCUUUUGAGGAUGGUUUGGACAACUGUGAUGCAGGCUGGCUGUCAGAUCGUUCGGUGAGGUAUCCAAUCAAAACACCCAGGCCUGGUUGCUAUGGAGACCGGAACAACCUCCCUGGUGUCAGGACCUAUGGAGAACGUGAUCUGCAGGAAACCUACGAUGUCUAUUGUUACACUGAGGGACCCCAGGGUGAUGUCUAUUAUGUUCCUGAGAAGACCCCCUGGUUAGAGGCUAGACACUCUUGUCUCCAAGAUGGAGGGACGCUGGCUACUGUGGGACAGCUUUACUCAGCCUGGAGAAAGGGAAUGGACCAAUGUGACCCAGGCUGGCUAGCAGACAAUAGUGUGCGUUAUCCCAUUCGAAACCCAAGGAAGAACUGUGGUGGUGAAGAACCUGGAGUCAGAACCCUCUACCAGUAUCCAAACAGAACAGGAUUCCCCAAUCCUACUAGGAAGUUUGGGGCCUAUUGCUUUAAAGCUCUUCAAGCAGCAGCCCCCACCCUACUGGGAAAUAAACAACAAGGACCAGCUUUCAUGCUGCAAGAAGACCUCAGGCUGAUAAAUCCAGAGCUUCAAAGUCAAGAGUCAGGACAGACAAAAGAAUUGGAAUUUAAUAAUGUCUUGCCUUCUACUGACAGUUUAAUAUCUACUACAACACAUGGGUUAUUUCAAACGGAAGGCAGUUAUCCACAAAUACCUGGAAGCUCAAAAGAAAUAACAAAUGCUUUGCCUCUAGAGCAGGUCCUUCAGGUUUCAUCUAAAGAAGAACACCUAUUGACUGUUACCAGGAAACCAAUGGAAGGUGAUCAGUUACUUUCUUUGGAGCCAGAAGCCUUAACUUUUUCAGGAACACUUAAAGAGAUGAAAACAACAACUCAAAAAACAGGAGAGGCAAAAUCAAUUAGCGAUCCCUUACGGAAUAAAUCUAGACAGCCUUCUGCUUCCCGGUUAAAAGAGGAAGACUGGUCCUUAAAUAUUGUAGACAGAGAGUUAAAAUCAAGGGAACCUACAUGGAGGGAUUUUCUUGAGCAACCAGUAGCAGAUUCAAAAGAAGAACUUCCAGGUAUUGACUAUUUUGUGGAUAAGCAAGCCAAUAAAGUCAAUGAACCCAGGUCUUUUCCUGAGGAUGACAGAAACUCAUUGCAUACAACAUGGAAUUUAGGUGACAGAGGUUCAAUGUACAAAGAAACAGAUGCUUUAAAUAACAUUGCAACAUCAACCAUACAUGAAACAUCUCAACCUUCAAUAUAUUUUUCCAAAAGUUCACUAGAUAAUAAUAUAUCAUCACACCAAUCCAGUCUUUUUAAGGAGCCCGACCAACACAGUAAAAUAAGACUUACUGGAGAUACAGGCUACAGUGACCAGAAUAUUCAUGAAGGGCUACAGGAAAAUGAAAAAAACAUGAAUCACAAUGAGGAAAAUGCUGAUUCGCAGAUCCAUCUUGUCUAUGAUGAAAUGUGGAAGAAUAAUGUUGAUCUGACUACACAGGCAUUUCAAAGAGCCACUCUGCGUACAUCAGAGGAGUCACAAUCUGUUUUUAAUGAAGCUGAUGGCACUAUGGGCAAAAAAACAAGGUUGAAUGAACAGACAGAAGAUAAGGAAAUGGACAGCCUGACAUCAUUUGCAACUCAUUCAGAUGCUAAUGAUGAUAAUAAUGAUUCUGGAAGGCAAGAAUUUGGUAAUAUAUACAGCAACCAUCCAUCAACUACAAUGGACCCAAUGAGCAAUGAACAGCUAGAAAGCUACUACAGGGCAAUGCUUGGUGUAAACAAAAUUUCUCCUGUUGAGGAACAAGAUCUUCCACAAGCUGUCACUGUCCCAGAUGUGGAAGGUAAUUCUUUGCAAAGCACCACAAGUCCCAAACUAAAAAGUAUUUGGAAACACCCAGGAAAGAUUAGUAGGAAUGCUUUUGUUGACAAUAAAACACUAAAUGGAGGUUAUGGUGGAACUGUUAAAUUGGCUCCAUCCAAAACUGAGAUUCUGCCAACAACAGAACAUGUUGAGAGUUUCUCUGGAGAUUCAAAGGACAGAGAGGAGAACAGUCUGCGUCCUAUAAAUUCCCUAGCAUUACCCAACCCUUCUGUUGUAACCCAGAUCUCGGAUGACUUUUAUUUCCCAACUGUAGACCAUCCCAACGCUGAAGCAAAAUCCAUUCUGAGGGGCAGUGAGAUUAAGCUGGAUAAGAAUAGGGAGCAACAUCCUAGUUUCCAAGAAAGACAAGGCAAAGAAAGGACCUUCUCUGCUAAGCUGGCAUCCACAUUCAAAAAAAUAAUGUCUCAAUUAGAAACAAAGGAGGUUAUCUCUAAGGAGCCUAAUGUCUCAGAUGCAAGUAUUACUGACAGUGCCUUUAGGAAACAUGAACCUGGCAUGCUAAACACAGUGCAUCCGCCGAAUGAUGACAGAUAUCCCCCAGAGGAAAAAGUGAAAACAGCAGAAAUGACAACUCAGUAUUUGAUCAACAUGACUGGUAUACAGAACACUGAGUUAGAAGGAUGGAGAAUAGAUAAAGCUUUGUCAAAGCCAUCAUUUCCAUUUACUACAGACAUGGCAAUGAACUCAGAUAACCUACAGAAACUUACACACAGUACAGAGAAAGUGGAACUUAUUAUGAUCACUGAAAACCCUAGAAACAAGAAUGCUAUCUCAUCUCAUAUUCCUGAGCAUCAUACUUCUGUCAGUGCUUUACAGCUCAGUCCAGGCAGGGGUCAGAAUAAUUCAGAAUUUACAAAUCAGACAAAACCAAUCCUGGCACAAGAUUCCAAUAAUACUGUUGCAGUUGAUGCAUAUAUGAUAGAACUAGUAGGCAAGACACGUAGGUUGAAUACAGCUACAGGUAAUAAUCCUAAGCUUGCACAGCAAACUAGUGACUUGUUUCCAACACCCAAUAUAAUUACUGCAAGCACCAACUUUGAAGAAGAUGCUUUUGGAACACAAGUUUCUCCUACAAUCGUUCUACCAAAUACAGCACCAACAGAAUCUCGGUUGCCAUCAGUACUUAAUAAUAAUUACAGUAAGCAAUCCUCCUCUACAACUGUAACGUCUGGAUAUGAAACAGAACACAGUGGGCAAGUUUCCUUGUCACCAUCUCAGAAAGAGGCCCAAUCCACCUUAGAUUCAGUAUUAGGAUACCCAGGAAACACAGACACAUCUGAAAUAGAAGAUGCAGCAUUUCAUGAAAAAGACUUGGGAAGUGGAUUAGAUGAAUAUAGUUCCCUAUGGAUGACUGAAGAUCACACAAGCACACAAGGUGAACCGCAACCUUGCUCGCAUAACCCAUGCUUGCACAUGGGAACUUGCCAGUCCAAUGGCAGCACAUAUAGCUGUAUCUGCCACAAAGGUUAUUCUGGGGAAAACUGUGAAAUUGAUAUUGAUGAAUGUCUGUCUGACCCCUGCCAGAAUGGAGGCACCUGCAUUGAUGAAAUCAACUCCUUCUUGUGUUUGUGUCUGCCAAGCUAUGGAGGAAGCACAUGUGGGAAAGAUACAGAGAGUUGUGACCAUAACUGGCACAAGUUCCAGGGCUCCUGUUAUCGCUAUUUUCCCCAGCGGAAGCCUUGGGAGGAGGCAGAGAGGGACUGUCGACACCGGGCUGGACACCUGUCUAGCAUUCAUUCACCAGAGGAGCAAACCUUCAUUAAUAGUUUUGGUCGUGAGAACACAUGGAUUGGUUUGAAUGACAGAACAGUGGAGCAGGAUUUCCAAUGGACAGACAAUACUGCUUUGCAAUAUGAGAACUGGAAGAAUCAGCAGCCUGACAGUUUCUUUUCUGGAGGAGAAGACUGUGUGGUUAUGGUUUCACAUGAGGAGGGCAAGUGGAAUGAUGUCCCAUGUAACUACAACUUACCUUAUAUUUGCAAGAAAGGGACUGUCCUCUGUAAUUCCCCUCCUACGGUAAAGAAUGCUUAUCUUAUUGGCAAAAUCCGAGAGAAAUACAGUAUCCACUCUACUGUAAGGUUUCAGUGCCAGGACGGCUUUAUCCAAAGGCACAUCCCGACAAUCAGGUGUCAUCGCAAUGGGCGCUGGGACCGACCACGGAUCCAAUGUGUUAAGCCCAGAAGACAUCACAGGGCACGGAGGCACCAUCAUCAACACGGACAUCACCCACACAAGCAACAUCAUCACCAUAAACACAAUCACCACCAUCAUCAUCAUCACCACCACCAACACAAGUCCCACCGAGAGAGGAGGAAAGAAGAUCGUCACCAACAUGGAAAUACGAAGGACAUUUAUUAUGACUGACCUUCUCCUGUUCCCGAAUCACUGUACAUUCCACCUACUAUUGACAAACCCAGUAAUUCUGAAGAUACAUUCUAUGCUGUGAACAAUGCUCAGUGCUUUUCAAGCAGAAAGUGUAUUAAUAUUCACAUGUAUUAAAUGUAAGGUUUUUAAUGCUUAUUAAAUGUUUGGGUUGUGAAUCAGCACCACAUUUAUGAUGGGGAAACAAGACCAUCAAUCUCCUAAAUAAAUCUGGUGUUAUCUUUGUGUGUAGUCUUGCUCCUGGUACAAACAAUAAUCUCUAUUCAGACUUUUGGAGAAAAUGGAAAACUGGGUCAUUAAUUGGCAAACAUGGCUGCUAAUGAAUAAAAGAAAAACUCAUAUUAUUGAGCAAAGAACAGUACCCCUAUAUGGACUUCACAGUAGUAAUUAUUUCAUUUAUGUCAAAAAAUAAGUAAUUGAACCAGUCUGCUCUCAGAAUAAAAAUGUACUACUGGGAAUCACAGAACACUUGGACAUUUUAAGCAUCCACUUUGUGUUUGUAGAGUAUGAAACAAAAAGUUGUCAGUUCAAGAACAAUCUUGUACCGCACAGCUGUUGUCAGUGAUGUAAAUAAUCAAUAAUAGUACAAGUUUUUUGGAUGAUCAUCCACAUUUCAAUAAAAAUGGGAAUGGUACUGCCCCAAACCAAGGAAUGCUUUGUAGUAGGUUGUAAUCUUGUAGAGCAUCUUCAGCCUAUUAAAAAUUGGCGACAACAGUCAGUAUAGCGCAGUGGUCCCCAACCAGUAGCUCGUGAGCAACAUGUUGCUCUCCAACCCCUUGGAUGUUGCUCUCAGUAGCCUCAAAGCAGAUGCUUAUUUUUGAAUUCCAGGCUUGGAGGCAAGUUUUGGUUGUAUAAAAAACAGGUGUACUGCCAAACAGAGCCUCGAUGUAGGUUGAUAAUCCACAUAGGGGAUAUUAAAUGGCCAAUCACAGCCCUUAUUUAGCACCCCAAGAACAUUUUUCAUGCUAGUGUUGCUCCCCAACUCCUUUUACUUCUGAAUGUUGCUCAUGGGUUCAAAAGGUUGGGGAUCCCUGUAUAGCGCAAUGCUAGUGUUUAAUGCUGGGGUGCAUCUGAUAUUCGCCUCAACAAAUCAACAUUAAAAAUACCUGUUUCUCCCCUUUGUCCCUUGAUUUUUGAGGUCUCUCUAUUACAGAGGAGAAUAUGCUGACAUAAGCUUAAAAAAAUGUGCCCACAUAAAAAAUCUUUUCAGCAUUAAUAUUGGGCUAUAACAUUGAAAAGCCAAUAGAAGGGUUGCUUAUGAGCGAUGAAUUGUAGUCAGCUCAUAUUCAACAUCAUUGCAAACACUGCAGCUCCUAUGCUGUACUAUGAGAAUGUAAGCAAGGUUUAUAAAAGGUGAAGUAAGGGUGGGAGGGGGACACGCAUCUCUAGUUUUGGUAUUAUUUGAUAGUAUAAAAUGUAGUGUGGUUUUGUGGUAGAAAUUUCAAUACCCUGUUAAUUGCUUAUCCCCAUUUCUAAUAAUUUACUUAAGUUGUGUGUGUUUGUUUCACUAUGAGUGAUCUCAGUGGGAAAGAAUGAGAGAAUGCAUCAACUUGAAUUGAGCCAGAGCCACUUACUUGGUGCAUUUGGUUAUUGCUUCUGAACCUGUCAGUAAAUAAUUUAUCAAUUAUCCCAAAAGGGCACUGUUUAUUCAACACAGAUACCAACAAAAACCAUUAGCAUUGCCUUAUUUGGUGUAAAAACUUUUUUAUCAGUGUCGCAAUAUACUUACCCCAAGCAGUCAUUCUACAUCUUUCAGUGAUCAGGUGCUGUAUAUCUGCAUAAUACACACAAAAUAGUUCAUUAAAGGGAUUAUUAACAUAUCAACUUUUAGUAAGAUAUAGAACAGUGAUUCCUAAGUAGUGGUUCGCAAGCAAAAUGUUGCUCACCAACCCCUUGGAUGUUGGUCUCAGUGGCCUCAAAGCAGGUGCUUAUUUUUGAAUUCCUGGCUUGGAGGCAGAUUGCAUAAGAACCAGGUGUACUGUCUACUGUAGGCUGCCGUUUCCUACUGCAUCUUCCACUGCUGCAAAAUGUGUCUAUUACAGUAUUUGUACUUUUUAUUAGGCUCAUAUUGUCCUAGGAAAUAUUACCUUCUGUUGCAUCAAAAACUCUCAAGAGGUUUUUAGGCUACAUUUCCCUAAUUACUUCUUCAAAGUAAGAUUCUAAUGUGCUGAAAUUUGCUGUAGUGGUUUGCAAUAGUUACAACGUAUGUUUAUGUUUGUUGUUCUGUAGGAGAUUCCAUUUUGCAUUCUUCCUGGGUUUUAACAACUGUAGAUCACACUGUAGAUUGCCCAGGAAUAUUGCUUCUAUCAUUAGGGCUAAAGUGUAUUAUUGUAAGGGAUGAAAUUUCUUUCUAUGAACUGCUAAUAUUAUUAAGGAAUUGAAUGGCAUGGAUGAAAUCAUACAUAUCAUGUAAUCAUAAUUGUAUUUAUGUUAGCAUACUAUUGUUAUUAUUUUUUUCUACCAAUGCAUUACUAUGCUAAAAAUAAUAGUUAGAUAUAUAUUUAUCUUCUGUUUCUUUUGUUUCAAUCUGACUGUAAGCCCAGAACAUACAGAGACAGGAAGAAGCAGGAGCUAUGCCCUCUGGCAUAAAAAUGAAACAUUUAGACAUAAAGAAUAAUAAAAUACUGGCAAACCUAAUCAAGGGGCUAGUUAGCAAAAUGUUUGUUUCAUUUAAAAAUGUGGUCAGGCGAAUACAAAGUUCAUUUUAUAUGAUAACUGCAAACAGCUAAUUUAAAAUUGUUUGAGGUGUGAGGAUUUUGGAGUGGGCUAAGGACAUGAAAGCCCCCACAAAUAAAGUAACAUUUUCAAGAUAAUUAAGAGAUUGGUAGAACCACAUAAAAUAGAUUUGAGGAGUUGUGUGCUGACGCAGUACAAAUCUUUCUAUACCGUGUUGUUUAAUAGCAUAGACCCUUACAUUCAAACUCAUCAUCACUAUAUGAUAUGGGAACAAUGCUUUGUAAAAUUUAGGUUAAACAACUUGUAUAUUAAAAGGCUCUUACUGGAUUUAUUUGAUAAGGGAAGGUUCUUUUGGCCCAUUUUGCCAACUGCACCCUAAUUUUAUUGGUUGCCUUGUUAUGUUAUAAGAGGCAUUUAACUGACUGCUGGUAGGAGAUAACAGAUAAAUCCAUUGUACAAGAAUAAAAAAGCAGCAAAGUAUAAAAAGAGCAGCUAGAAGAGAAGUCAUAAAAAGAGAGCUUACUAGCAUUAAGAAAAGGGGAAGCUAAACUGCAGAAAGUACUGUUAAAACCUAAACAUUUUGUUUUCUGGAAGACAAUGGGAAUAUGUAGUAGUACAUACAUUUAGGAAACUAUGGGGAUUCAAGAAGAAACAAAGCCUCUUUUUACCUCUAUCUGUACAUAUUUUUAAUUUAGUAAGGUAAAAAAUAGGAGUAGACCAGAGGCACGAAUAUGAAAUAGCAUUUGUUCCAUUUAUUUAUGCUUAAAUGAUUUAGUAUCUCCCUCCUAGCGUUUCCCAGUAUUAGAAUUAGCUGAGACUGCAGUGAGAAUGAACUGGUGGAGUGGAUGAAUGUAUUGGUACUUAGUUAUGCCUCAUCCUGCUGUUAAAUUCUAGUUUUUCAUAGUAGAAGACUGUACAAAUUGAAACAGAAUGUGCUGUAUAAACACUGUGCAUUAAUUGUCAAGCUGUAAAUUUUAAUAAACUUUUUUUAACGCUG